GUUUGGCACUGCCUAGAACCUAAAGCAGCCUACCAGGUCACCACCCACCUCAAGAGGCACGGUAAAAGGAAGAAAGUGCAUCGCUUUCGAUUUAUUUAAGGAUCGCAUCUCUCUAAAAGUGACCCGAAAUUAUCUGUAACCCCCAAAGCUGACCUCAUAACUUUUUCUACCUGUUUUCUCAAUCGGCGCCUACUCUCGCCGCCACUCCAACACGUCAAGUCCUCCGCAUUCGACGAGAAGCCUGUACUGCUGCCACAGCAUCGACGGAACAACCGCCAGAGGAUUGUGCCGCAGCAUCAGCUGUACUCUUCCCGCCGCAAGAUGAACAACAUGGCGGGCUCUCUGCUGGAGAUCCGCAACUUGGUCGGGAAAUCCUGCACCAUUACCGUGGAUACGGCCAAAGUGAAGAAGGUUGCGGAUUUGUGUAGCUGGAGCAUCAUUGAGAAGCUGUUUGAUGAAGACCAGUAUGAAUUGCAAAAGUAUCGGGCUAGUGGUAAUUGGAUUUACGAAUAACAACUUGCUUAGCGUUACAAAUGAGCUUUGUCAUGCUUCUUCACUUUAAGCAAAAAUAUUUGUCGUGCAUGGCUGCAAUUGGUACCACUACGAAUACGAUGCUUUUGCACAGCAUAGCCAGCUUCUGCCGCCCCUGCAUCGGAUCAAAUGGUUCGUCUGCGCCAACUACGCAUUGCAAAUUAUAUCAUGUCUGGACUUGGAAUACGCGUGAUGAAAAAAUUUGUGCUAGUGAAUAUCGUGUAGAAUAAAAUCUGUGUUGCGACAUUCCAGACCAACUUGUCAUGCUCUGUUUACAUUCCAGGCCACCUUUUGUAUACUUUUACUUAGUCGAAAAAAUGCAUGACGAAUUUUGUUAGCCACUGUUCCAGAGACCCAGACAUAUUUUUUACCAUGGAUACCACCGCAACUACGACCGUUCCAGGAAGCAAAGCGAGCAAGGACUCUGCCGCAAGCGAAGUACACGCGGAACGACUGCACGGGGACCGCAACAAAGAGGAAUACUCCAUCGGCGAGGAAGAGCCUUCUUCUCCCCACGACCACUCCCCGAAGAGUAACGACGCCGGUCGUGGGUCUUUCUGCCUGUCGGAACGAUCCAGAAGCAGGUCACCGCGGCGGGAACAGCAGGAUGAACCGCAGAUGCGGGUCGCGGAGAAGGAUGAGGACGUGAUUUUCGGAGACGACGUCGAGAAUCCGGUUUUCUACCAGUUUGCGGUGGUUGCGGAGGAAUUUUCGGUGACGUGGGAGACCUACACGCCGGCCCCUUGGGAGUCGCCCGAGGCGCCGAAAAGCAAAAGACCCUGGGCCGACUUCCCGACUGUUUGGCAGGGCUUCGUCGCGUGCGUGAUCGGGCAACAGGGAAAGCACGAAAGCUGGUGGAAGUUGCACGAAGUGGGAUCCUUCAUCUACGACCAGUAUCAAAUGCAAAAAUUUCCGGGUCUGGGAGGAUGGAACUUGUGAUGCAUCCUGUAGGCUACACAAAAAUCUGUGCUGCGUGAUCACCUACACUUUUCUUUUUUUGACCAACAUGAGCGGGAGUUUCCCAUGCAGGAUAGGCAUGGCAGAGACUUCGCAGAAUCUGUCAUGCUAGGUCCUGCAUUCCAGACCUCAUGGGGCAUGGAAAAUAUGCAUGACAAGUCCGCAAUCUUCCAGACCCAGACACUUUUGCAUUUGAUAACCAAACCUGGCUUGCGAUGAUCGACGAUGGAUCGGAGGCGAAAGAGAUUCUAGCCAACUGCCACUUUCCGAUCGGACCCUUCCCCCCGCUGGCGGAGGUGUUCGGGGACCUUCGUUGGAACAACAUUAACAUGUUACUUCCGCCUAAACUCUGCUUCGAGUUGCUAGACCUGCCCCUUACCGAGUGGCGCAAGCACGCGCGGGCGUCUGGUGGAAAGGCAUUUACGGACGAUCACAGGAUGGAGCUGGCAACGCGAGUGGUGCACUACAGGUUCACACGUAAAGCGAGCGAGCACAUCCAUCAUCAUAGUCAACGUGAGAACUCCGAGACCGCGGGCACGCAUGCGAAACUGUUCCGCCGGGCGUUGGAGAUAGCAUCGCCCGGCCUGGCAUCCGUCGUAGGAAUGCUGGAACCGUUACAAUCCGGCAGACGCCUCCUGGAAGGACAAGAGGAGACGCCUCUUUGCAUUCCGGCAGGCAUGCAGGAAUGCGUCAGCGCUUUGCUGGCAUUCUUCGGCACGCGCGGGGAAGCGCGACACUUCUGUGACGAGUUGGUCGAGAGCGUGUUUGGGGUCGCUGCCGUAGCUGACCGGUGGCGCAAACAAGCCGCCCAAGGACUGCAGCAGCAAGUUCUAGCCGCUGCGAGGACGAGCAACGAACUGUUUCACCUGUUGCGCGAACAAGUGGAGCUCUUUCUUCUCCCGCUCGGAAACUACCAGGGCCACAGCGGCUAAGCAGUGCAAAUGCGGCUCGGCUGGGAAGGUUGAGAUUUGAUGGCAGAAAUGAGUAUGAAAUCGGUACAGAAAUAAACGCGAAAUCAGUAGCGCAUGAGCACAAGAAGAUUAUAAAUACCUGUUUCUUGUGUAUGCAACAACUCGGCACCCGGUCUUCAGGUGCAAUACGCACCACAAAGCGCUUCAAUACUUUUCUUGCAUGGCAACGUAUGGCAGGGGCCGUAAGCCCACCAAAAAAUACUCGCACUAGAAUAUAACUACAACUUUCAUCCAAAGAACCUCUGUCCGUAUUUGCAAUGCAUACUAGCAGGACAAGAGUUAACCAAGCACUGAAGUGGCUGCAGAUGCUGAAGGAGGAGUCCGACAAGAUGCAGAUUGACCACGGACUGGACGGGGCCAUCAAAGAUCUCGAACGGCUUUAUUCUCGUCUGGAUUUUUCAGAAGCAGGUGGCUCGUUGCGGGACAACGUUUCCGGCCUGCAAGUUUUCCAGGAUCUCGGGCUCGCAACCCACUUCCGCGACGCGAUGCAGGAGUCUAGGUUCCUGGGUUUCACCGAGGAACGCCCCUUCUUGGUCAAUAACCAGAUGCUACUUCCGUUUACCUGGAACAAGAUGGUGGGCUCGCUGCGCGAUGUGGUCGACGUGAAAGACGGUCAUGUGACAGGCAUCUGGUGACCAAGAAUCCUGCUAGCGAGACAAGACGGUCGAUAUUGAUCAUAGGGACGUUUUCUGUUUCAGCCGCUGAUUCCUCUUGCGCCGCAUGGUGCUGUUUUUGAAACAGACGGCUGUGCCGCUGCGGCUAAUGAUCUAGAGCUGCUUGUGGUCAACAGGACUUUAGCCGUUGGAUAGGUCGAG